ACAAAGUUGGGCCGUCUGGGUUUCAGACUGUUCUGUGGCAGCCUGCCUUAUGAACGUGAGCCGAGACGGUCGACACUCACUCCCGAUAUAGGCCCUCGUGCGUCAAGUAUGCAUGGGACAAGACAAGAGAUUGGCUAUCUGGCCCUUGGUUGGUGUCUGCUGAGUGUGGCGGCCGCCGCAAGAUUCCCCAACGACACCGACGCCGCAGUAAACCCGGUGCAGCACGAAGAUAACGGUCUGGGAAGAGAGGCUGGAAGUAUUGAUAUUGGCUUCCCACCUAUUCCCCAGAAAUGCAACCGAGGUCAGUGUUCUUGUGUUGGAUCCAAGGGAGCCAUGGGUUUACCCGGGCCAAAAGGAGAGCAGGGCCUAAGGGGACCGCCUGGGUAUGUGGGGGCGGAUGGUCCACAGGGGCCCAAGGGAGAGCAGGGACAGAUCGGAUUGGUUGGCCCCGAGGGGUCAAAAGGUGAAAGAGGGGCUGGCGGAGAGCCUGGGUCACCCGGACCACGUGGUCUAACGGGCGAGGUUGGCCCCGAAGGUCCACAGGGUUUACCCGGGCCAGCGGGGCCAAUUGGGCCCCCGGGUAUGAUGGGUGCGAAGGGGGAGAUUGGUGUGCCGGGAGCAGUGGGUCCUAAGGGAGACAGGGGGCCACGAGGACUACCAGGAUUCAAUGGCAGAGAUGGAACCCCGGGCGCAAGAGGAAUUCAAGGACCACCAGGGGAACGAGGAUUGGAUGGUUGUCCUGGGAAAGAUGGAACUUCUGGCGAACCUGGUACUCCGGGAGACCCGGGACCGGUGGGACCUAGGAUUAAGUCGUAG